AUGGCUGCCGCAAGCGUGUCAAUACCAGAUCCGGAGCAGUACGGGAUAGGUGCGAAGACAGGGUUUUUGCCCCCAAACCCUCCACUAACAACUCUACCAUCGCCUUACUAUGCUCCUUGGGAAGACAUUGCCAACAAUCUACCGCUAUUGGUGCGAGAGCAAAGACUAAGAAAGGUUAUUCGCAAACUACCAGUGCUGGAAACAAACCGCUUGCAAAGCAGGCAGGAAUACGAGCGUGCACACACUGUCUUGUCAUUUCUACUUCACGCUUAUGUAUGGGGCGAUGAAGAUGUCGCAACGGUUCGUGUGAACUAUCACUCGACUGAGAAGCCAUUAGGAUAUUCACUAACACUCGAUAUGUCGACCCAGGUAGUCCCACCGCCGUUGUCAAUACCGUUCACCCGCAUUUGUCAGGUUUUAGAUCUUCCUACAGUGGCCAUCUACGCCAGCGUUGUUUUAUGGAACUUCACUUUCAUUGACAAGUCGGACCAUCUAGACUUCAGCGACCCUGCGAAACUACGUGCAUCCCUGACUUUCACGGGGCUGCCGGAUGAGUCGUGGUUCUACAUGAUUAGUGCAGCGAUAGAGGCAAGGGGAGCUCCUAUCAUCUUCGAUGUAAUGCAAGCUCUACAAGCUGCAUUGAAAAAUGAUUGCUGCAGAGUCAUCGAGACUCUGCAUCGGUAUCGUACAGGUCUUAAGGAUAUUGCGUGCCUGUUCGACAGAAUGUAUGAAGGAUGCAGCCCUGAGCAUUUCUGUGACUCUAUCCGACCAUUUCUGUCAGGUUGGACCAAAAUAAGAGGCGGUAGCACAGGCGAGGUCGAUGGGUUAAGGUUCGACAUGGGAAAUAGCCGUACCAGCUAUAUGGCAAGCUCAUAUGGUCCAAGCAAUGCCCAGUGCUCGCUGAUACAGUUUUUUGAUGUGUCGCUCGGGGUAAGCCACCGACCUAAACACCAGACCGAGGUGUCUCAGCAUGCCGGAGACUACUUGCACGACAUGAGGAAGUAUAUGCCAAUAUACCAUAGAAAGUUUUUGGAGCAUGUUGAGAACGUGCCGAAUCUGCGACACUUCGUACAGCUGCACCCCAACAAUAGCGAACUCGUCUCUGCUUAUGAUAGUGCUAUCGCAGGCCUAACAGAACUGCGCGAUCGACACCUGCGUAUGGUGUUGAGAUAUAUCAACAUCGAAGGUCCAGAUGAGAAAUCACAGGGUGCAGGUGCAGAGGCCGACGACCCAGUUCGGGUAGCAGAAGGGACAGGAGGCACCCAAGCUGUUCCAUUUCUCACGGAAACACGCGCCCACACCACAAACGCAAAGAUUGACAAGACCAUUCAGAUGGCGAAUACCAAUGAUCGGUCUAAGAACAGGAGAGGAAAAUAUUGCAUGUUAUAG